GACUACAAGGCAUGUGUCAAUGAUAACCAUUACACUAUCCAAGAAUGAGCUUAAUACAUCUUCUGUUGGGUACCAGUGCCCGAUUCCUAUGGAGAUGGUGAAGCCAAUGGGCGAUAUCGAUUACGAAGGACGAGAGGGUUCACCUGGUGGCAGAGGGAGAGGAAGAGGAAGAGGAAGGGGAAGAGGAAGGGGACGAGGCGGCAGAGGAAAUGCUUAUGUGAACGUUGAGUAUGAAGAUGGAGGUUGGGAACGUGAUCAGUCCUAUGGACGCGGCAGAGGACGUGGCAGAGGACGCAGCAGUCGUGGUCGUGGGAGAGGAGGAUACAAUGGUCCUCCAAAUGAGUAUGAUGCACCACAAGAUGGAGGUUACGGUUAUGAUGCUCCUCCUCAUGAACACCGUGGAUAUGAUGACCGUGGCGGUUAUGAUGGUCCUCAGCAAGGCCGUGGCGGUUAUGAUGGUCGUCAAGGUCGUGGCGGUUAUGAUGGUCCUUCUCAAGGUCGUGGCGGUUAUGAUGGUCCUUCUCAAGGUCGUGGUGGCUAUGAUGGUCCUCCUCAAGGCCGUGGUGGCUACGAUGGACCUCAGGGCCGCGGGCGUGGGCGUGGACGCGGAAGGGGAGGUCGUGGAAGAGGUGGAGGAGGAGGUCGUGGUGGAUUCAACAACAACCGAUCAGAUGGACCACCAAUUCAGGCAGCUGCUUGAGAGUGAGGUGUCGCUUAGACAAACAUAAAAAGAAAAAAAAAGCCCAAGUCGUUGGAUGUUUUUUUCUAUAUCCUUGCUCUCUGUCUCUCUUUCUAUGUUUGCUUCUUCUGUCCAUCAAGAAGACAUGUUUGCUGCCAUAAAGUGUAUCUCUUUCCCCUUUCUUUUUCUUCUUUAAUCCAUUGAUUCACAGUUUUUUUGUUUUGAGUUUGUGGUCUGUUUUGUUUCUUUUCUAGAGUCGCUUAGGGUAUAGUAUAUGUUCAAUUUAUUUUAUGGUUGGUUAGAGAAGAACUACUGAGGCAUCCUCUUUUCAUUUUUGCUUUUGUUUGUCAUCUCUUCUGUUUUGUAGUUUUGUUUAGGUGGGAGUGAGACACACAGUUUGGACAAAUUAACUCUUUUUCUUGUUUGGUUAUCAGUUUUUUUUAAUGUGAUGGAACAGUUGAUUCUUUUA